AAUGGGUAAUGAAAAGACACGAACAAUUUUCAGGGGAACAAUGAUCUCUUUCACUUUGUUAAUCAAAGCGUGUUUGCUGUGAUGCUCCCGCCGGGACACUACUCUUUAUAAACUCCCAGCCAACUGGAAAAGCCCAGACUCCUCUCCACUCCGGAGGCUAGAACAGAGCCAGGCUUUCCGCCUACCCUCGAGCUGGAAGUACUGCGCAGCUGCCGGCAGUGCAAGCAGACAAGUUAGGAGCACUGCGCUUGCGCCGGCCACCUCACAGUGCGCCCUGACCAGGCUGCGCUCGAGCCGCCAUCGUCGCCGGGUUUGAACCUUCCACCCCACCGUAGCCAGAUUGCGGGUUAGGCCACUCGGUCUUUCCUUCUUUCUUUCUAUCAAAUCUCCCCGUCUCCGGCUUCAAACUGGAGUCCUUUACAGCGGCAGGAAGAGGGAGUCCCCUCCGCAGUAUCCGAGCCGAGACUGUGGAGAUGGCAGCUCAGAAGAUCAACGAAGGGCUGGAGCAUAUCGCCAAAGCAGAGAAAUACCUGAAAACUGGUUUUUUAAAAUGGAAGCCAGAUUAUGACAGUGCGGCAACUGAAUAUGGGAAAGCAGCUGUUGCUUUUAAAAAUGCCAAACAGUUUGAUCGAGCUAAAGAUGCCUGUCUGAGAGAAGCUGCUGCACAUGAGAAUAAUAGGGCUCUUUUUCAUGCAGCCAAGGCUUAUGAACAAGCUGGCAUGAUGUUGAAGGAGAUGCAGAAAUUACCUGAAGCUGUUCAACUGAUUGAGAAGGCCAGUAUGAUGUUUCUGGAGAAUGGGACACCUGACACAGCAGCCAUGGCCUUGGAACGGGCAGGAAAACUUAUAGAAAAUGUGAACCCUGAAAAGGCUGUACAGUUAUAUCAACAGACAGCUAAUGUGUUUGAAAAUGAAGAACGCCUAAGACAAGCAGUUGAAUUACUAGGAAAAGCCUCACGACUUUUAGUACGAGGACGUAGAUUUGAUGAGGCUGCACUUUCCAUUCAGAAGGAAAAGAAUAUCUAUAAGGAAAUUGAAAAUUAUCCAACGUGUUAUAAGAAAACAAUUGCCCAAGUCUUAGUUCAUCUACACAGAAAUGACUAUGUAGCUGCAGAAAGAUGUGUCAGAGAGAGCUAUAGCAUACCAGGAUUCAAUGGAAGUGAAGACUGCACGGCCCUGGAACAGCUUUUAGAAGGGUACGACCAGCAAGACCAAGAUCAAGUUUCAGAGGUCUGCAAUUCUCCACUUUUUAAGUACAUGGACAAUGAUUAUGCCAAAUUGGGCUUAAGUUUGGUGGUCCCAGGAGGAGGAAUCAAGAAGAAAUCACCAGCAACACCCCAGGCCAAAAGUGAAGGUGCAGAAGCCACAGCUGCUGGUGAUGAAGAAGAGGAUGAAUAUGCAGGAGGACUGUGCUAAUUAUUAACAUGCAUACUCUCAGGGUAGGGUGUGGGGGGAAAAUCUAAUGUACUAUUUUGUGGAUGUCAAGUGUACCCAAAUUCUUAAUCCUUCUCUGUAGUCCUGAAUUGGAACACCAAUAUAGAAGCUCCAUAUUUGGCGCUACUGUACCAAAAAAUUGCCUUGCCUCCUGUGAGUCAUUAGUUUAUUCCUUCCUUGGUAAAAGUUUGCCCAGAGCACCAGCUUAAAUUUUCUUUUAAGAGAGUUGAUAAGAAAAAUGAUAACAGGCUCCUUUGAGAGCUGGGUUCUAGAGUGAAGAUUGUGGAUUUAGAAUGGCAGGUGGAAUGUUUGAAUGUCAUUUUUCCUUUUAUGAUUUUUGUAUUUCCUCGUAAAUACUUUUUAUUAACUAGUAAUUGGCACUAAAAGUGACUUGUCCUGUUAGAAAGUCAGUACCUGAUCUGCUUGUUUUUCUUGUGUGGUAUGUGUAAAUAUGAGGCUGUGUUAUAUGUGUGGAUGUGUGUGUGUGUGUGUGUGUGUGUGUGUGUGUGUGUGUGUGUGCGCGUAUAUGUAUAUGUGUUUGCACAUAUACAUAUUUUAAAGGAAAUCUUAUGCUCAUGCCAUAGGAUGCAUUAAAUGGUUCAGUCCUUUCAGAAAAUAAGUUUGGGAGCAGGAGACAAUUUUGAACCUUAGGAUUGUUUUUAGCCUAUUGAAAUAUGUAUUUCAGGUCUCACAAGUCAAUUUGCAGAAUUUGAAGAUAACUAAGUAAAUUAUCUGGCAAAUUUAUGAAGCUUUCCCUGGAUUUAAACAAGAUGAAUAGAUGCACAUUUCAAAGAAAGCAUUGACUAAGGUUAAUAGGAACCCAUGAAAAAUCCUUUUGAAACUUUGUCCUCUCAGAAGGGAACUGAGAAAGAAAGAGUCUUCCUCCACCCUCUUUUAAACAAACUACCUCCCUGCCAGAGAUGCAGCUUCUGGGCUAGUCAGUGCUGGAGGAAGAACUGGCCGUCAAUGAGCACAGUGUCUGCACAGUGGAAUUCGAGAUGAGGGGGAAGAAGCAUGUAGGAGAAAAUGAUGGGGGUAAAGCACCAUGCUUCAAAUAUUUAAGUGGCUAGUCAUUUCUUAAAUGGCAGCUAUGAUGCUUUCCUUUGGGGGUUUACAUAUGUUCCUUAUACACUUUUUGCUUUCUUUCUUGAUGGUCAAAAGUUUUAGAAUCACCCCUUUUGUGUCAUAGUCCUUUCAAGUGAUCUGCUUUUUGGAAAAGGGCUUUAGAAACAAGUGACGUGCAUUCUGCAGGCAGAUGCUAACCACCUGUGCUCUACUGGUUUCCUAUUUGUUCCCUAGAGAUACAUGUACUUAGAUACAUAUAUAUAUUAUUUAUAAUUAUAUAUAUGUAUAUAUAUAUAUAUGUAUAUAUAUAUAUAUAUGUGUAUAUAUAUAUAUAUACAUAUAUAUAAUUAUAAAUAAUUUCCUUAUUUAUGCCUGAUCUCUGAAGUAACUGUAAUGAGACAUUCCAGAAGCCACUUCUGAAAACCAGUCUCAUGACUGGUCAUGUAUGCAUUAUAGUUUAUGCAUGGUUCUGCUAGACCUCCCUGGGAACAUUAUGAGUGGAUGAAGGAACAUAUCUUUAAGACACACACAAGUGAUUCUUUAGGAAACCUCAAUAUCUUUCUAGAGUCCAUAAUAAAUCGUGCGUGUGAGUGUUUGUGUGUCUGUGUCUAUGUCUGUAUGUCAGUACUGAAAUGCUUAUUUUAGCUUAUUAUAAAACACUAUUAUAUUUAACAAUGUGUUUAUUUUUCAAACCCAUUACAUCAUUCUGCAUAUAUCCUUUUAUUUUCAACAUCACGGCAAGCAUCUCAGAACUUAACUUUGGACUGUCAUCUGCAUUUGGUAGUUAGUACUGCAAGAUAAAAAUGUUCACAUCUUAAGGAUUUGUUGUCUCAGUGCUGCUAAUACUACUUUGUUCCAUUCACAAGCUUCUGACAGUGUGAAGUCAUAUGUACACCUUUCUCUGGACAAAUUAUUACCUGCCCCCAACCAAAUAUGGCUGUACUCAAGGCCAUGUAUCAGUCUGUAUUGUACCAUUCACAUACAAAUUUUUUUUUAACAGCAUUGAACAUUUUAAUGUUUUUUUUUCCAUUGAUACAACAAAAAGAAAUGAGUUGGGUAUCCAAUAGUAGGAAUAUAAUCAAGUCUCAGAACAUAAUCAAGACGUAUUUUGGGAUUAAUUUUUUAUGUAGCUGUUCCUUUUUUUCUUCUUAGAAUUUUCCUCUCUCCUCUACUUCUUUUCCCCAAUCUUCAGAACUAAAGCACACUACCUUUGUUUAGCUAUGCGUGAAUACUUCUUUGGUAGGGCUAUUCUAGUCUAGUAAGUAUUGAAAAACAUUUGUUUCAAAUUGAUCAUUUUUUUUGCCCUUUGAUGCAGUUUGCACCUUUAAAAUAUUUUAUCAUAAAAACCAGGUUAAAAGUGGAAACAGUGUGGUGUUGCAAUAGGAAAAAUAUUUUCCAGAGUUCUACUUUCAUACAAAAGAAAAAGUCUGCAUGGAUGUGCUUAAAAUUCAUUAUAAUUUUCCAUUGUAAGUGAAGUCUGUCCCUGCCAUAUAUUUAAUAUAUUAAAUUUGUACAUACAUAGAAUAUGGUAUUCUUAUAGUGUGAAACUUGUGCUUCACUUGUAUUUUUCCUAACUUUGUGAUGUAUAGAGUAUUAAGUGUGGUAGUAAUGCAGAUUAUCACCUCUCUGGAAAGAGACUCCGUAUGUGACAAUUAUGAAAAUAAAACUUGAAGCUUUAAUUUGGC